UCCGUUCGCGAAUUUGAACAAAGUACCCUCGAUUGUACACGCGUAAGCGUACAUGUAUUCCUCCCGCAAUUCGUACUUUGCGCGAGCUGAAAAGAGAUCUGCUUUUCUCCACCUGCCGAGCGGCAACGCGUAAGUAGAACCUCGCAAAGUUAUUUAAAUGCCGUAACGCUUUGCAAAUUUGCUGCUCCAAAAUUGCUGCUCCAAAUCUGCCCCUCCAAAUUUCUCCUCCAAAUCUGACGCGCGAAAGGCAAAAUGGCGAAGGACAACAAGGGAAAGGUGAAGAAGGCCGCGGGCGAAGAAACAGUCAAGUACUACAGAGUGAAGGGCAAGAAAAAAAUUUUAAUCCCAGUUAAGGCCAAGAAAACCAUUGCGAAGAAAUACUAUGGAAGGAAAUUAGCGUCAAAGAAGAAAUACAUUGUGCAGGGGAAAAUGAGAAAGUCGAUCGAAGUUGGAAAAGUUGCAAUUAUAUUGUCAGGCAAACACAUGGGAAAGAGAUGCAUAAUUACGAAGGUAUUAACCUCAGGGCUGUUAGCUGUCGUAGGUCCGUAUGAAGUAAACGGGGUCCCUUUAAAGAGAGUUAACCCACGAUACGUCGUAGUGACAUCCACGAACAUUUUUAAAUUUGAAAAUAUGGCAGGGCUGAAGGAUGAAUUUGUCAAACUGGCCGAACAGAUCGAAGAUAAUUCUUUUGUUAAAUCUUUGGAAAUAAAAAAAAAGCAAAAGAAACUUCUCAGCAAAAAGAAUGAAGGCCUCUUCAUGAAUGACGUGAUUACCAAAAUUAAGGAGUUGAUGAAGGAGGACCCCAAGAUGCAGCAGUUGCAAAAAAUCCAGAAGGAAAUUGGCACCCUACUGAAGGAUGAAAUUGCCAAGAACAAAAUCUUUGCAGAGUAUUUGAAGUCCAAAUUUACACUGCGAAACGAUAUGGCUCUGCACAAAAUGAAGUUCUGAGUGGCUCACAUGGGUACGCGAUAACUACCUCUGCGCGGGUACGUAUAUAUACCUGCACAUAUACGUAUGUGCAAUUGCCUAAUUGUUAAGUUUUUUUUUUUUUUUUUUUUUUCCACUGUGCACACUCCCGAUAUGAACCCCCC